AUGGCAAGUGCGCCCGUUCUCUCAGCAACACCGAACCUUGUCCGAAUCUCCGAAAAUGGCGAAUCAUUUCAGCAUCCGGACCCGGAGCUGUUUGCCGCGGCGGCAAAGCGAAAGAUUGACUUCAGUGAUUACCGCAUGGGACAACUUAGCGAAAAAGAACUGCUGCUCUACCUUGAUGUAUUGAAAUUUGACCUCAGUGCCCUGAGAGAAGCAAACCUGGCGACGUUGAACAUCCUCAUCAAAGCCCACCUGGAACAGAUCCCCUUCCAGGGAAUAGACACGUUCAUCGGCCACCAGCCGCCACUGGACGACGACUCGGUAUUUCGCAAGGUGAUCGAGCAACGCCGUGGUGGCUAUUGUGUUGAGCUCAACAAUCUAUUCGGCAGGCUCUUACUGACACUGGGCUUCAAGUUUCACAUCCGGGCUGCCAGGAUUAGAUGGGGGCGCCCCCUGAACACGCCAAUGACUCCGCUAGGACACAUGCUCUUCUGCGUCGACCUUGACGACGAAGGGCAGUACUUCGCUGACGUGGGCUUCGGCGGCCCGAACCCAUUCAAGGCGAUGCCAGUGGAAGGAGAAGCUGAGCCUUACCGAGUGCACAGACUAGACGAUGAAGGAAACAUUGAGGUGGCCAUCAAGUCGACGGGACGCGGGGGCGCACCGGCGAGUUGGCGUCCUAUGUACCACGUCUUCCCUCCGCCACAGAAGUGGAUCGACUUCGUGCCGCAAUACUGGUACGGCACGCUGCACCCGCGAUCCCUGUUCCGUCACGUACUUAUGGUUGGGCGUUUCGUCGACGAUUCUUGGCGGACGCUGGUGGACGGCCGCUUCUGUCGCCGCUCGAUCAGCGGGCAAGUGGAGCAACGCUGCAUCACCGAUGUCGAGGAAGUGAUCCGCAUUUUUGACACCAAGUUCGCCUUGAAGCUCAAUCCCGACAUGAACCUCGAUUUACUUAGAUCACGGAUUCUGAGCGUUCUUUAG